AUCCUUCGCAGUGCAUUGUGUCAAAAGCGAUGCGCGAGAAAAAAAAAACAAGACAAUCAUUUUGACAGCAAGCAACACAAGAAAAAAGGAAAAGUUUACUCCGCACUCGCACUCAGGUUUAUUUAUUGCUCUGUUGCAAUUUUCCCCACAAGAAAAACGCCAUAGAUUUUGUGCAAUCCGGAUAGGAAAGUGUCUCCCGUUAGGGGCUAGCAUUGCUGUAAGUAGUGAAGUGAAUUUCGCGUCCAAACCUACUAGUGAAAGUCCUCCCAGAAAAGGAUCCCAGGAGGGACACCUUGAACUGCGCUGUAACGAGAAAAACAUUCGGCGGAGCCGAAAGCUCGUCGGAGGAAGGAAAAUCCGCCCCCCGGGAAGUGCGUUCGAUCCCAGUCAUCCCACCCCAGAAAGAUCGAACUACUUGUGGAAGACCACAGAAUCGGAGUUCCGCUUCUUGUUUUGGACAGAUUUACAAAAGUUUUUGAGAAUUCACUACCCGUAAAGGGUCAACCUCAUCAUUCCAUCUGGUCGCCUCUAUGGCUGCGAAAGGCCUAUCAUUGGCCGAAAGUAAGAAUCGUUAAUUGAAAACCAAACAAUCUAGACGGACUAACAGUUUAAUAAAAAGUUGAUAUGGCUAAAGAAUACGACUACUUGCUGAAGGUGCUUCUGGUCGGCGACAGCGACGUAGGAAAGCAAGAAAUUCUGUCCGGCUUGGACGACGGCUCAUCGGAGAGCCCAUUCUGCAGUGGUAGCAAAAUUCUUCCCACAGCUGCGUACAAAACCACCACAAUCCUGCUGGACGGCAAACGCGUCAAACUGCAGGUGUGGGACACUUCCGGCCAGGGUCGCUUCUGCACCAUCAUCCGGUCCUACUCCCGCGGCGCCCAGGGCAUCAUCCUGGUGUACGACAUAACCAACAAAUGGAGCUUCGACGGGUUGAGCCGGUGGCUGAAGGAAGUCGAAGAGCACGCACCGGGAGUCCCCAAAGUGCUGGUAGGGAAUCGGUUGCAUUUGGCGUUCAAACGGCAGGUCGCCGCCAAGCAGGCCGAGCUGUACGCUUCCCGGAACAAGAUGGCCUGCUUCGAGAUUUCCCCGCUGUGUGAUUUCAAUAUCCGAGAAUCGUUCUGUGAGCUGGCCCGGAUGGCUCUGCACCGGAACGGAAUGGAACGGAUCUGGCGCUCGAACAAGGUUCUCUCGCUGCAGGAACUCUGCUGCCGGACGAUCGUCCGGAGGACCAGUGUCUACGCCAUCGAUACCCUGCCACUGCCGCCAUCCGUCAAGUCCUACCUUAAGUCGUACGCCCUGACCUCGUCCCAGUGCUUGAACACGUUCCUGCACCACAACACGGCGCCGGCGUCCAACGCGAAGAACUUCAAGUGCAAAACUCCCACCGGACACCUGAAGCUGCACCGGAGUGGCAUCGGCAUCGGGAGCAGUGCCAGCGCCAUUGGCCAGAUGCGAAACAGCUGCGUGAUAUCCUGAUUGACGUCGAUCGUGGCGUCGCUGCGGCGCAUCUUCAUCCGACGUCGGCGCCGGUCCCGGAAUGACGGUGGCGGAGGUGGUCAUGGUGGCCAUAGCAGACGGAGCAGCCAUCACAGUGCUUCGGCGGUUAUCAUUGGGAACACCACGGCCACCAUCACCGGGCGUCGGAUGUCGAAUGGGGGCGGCGGCGGCGGCGGGGCUUCGGAAGGGACCGGACCGGUUCAGCGUCGCGGCGCCCGUCCGAGCAGUGGCACUAGUGGUUGUUGUUUCUAGACGAAGCGUUAGUAAGUAACUGGAAAGCUUUGCGUUUUCUUCGUUUCUAUGAUCUGUUUAACUAUUAUUUAAAGAAAGUGGGGGGAGGGGAAGGGGUUGCUUCAUUUCGAUAUUAGGCCUAGCGCGAAUUUUCUUUGCUUUUCAAUUUUCUUAUUAGUGGAACAAAGUGACGGUUCUUUUAAGUUAUUCGUUGUUUAUUAUUGUUUUGUUAUCAGUUUUGGAACUCCGUUGAAAGCCGGUUGGAAUUGGCGAAACAUGUCGACUUUGAUGUCUGUGUUAGGGAUCUCUUUGCGCUAAUUAUACAAAUUGAAUUCAUAA